AUGCUGGAUCAGGUAGUGCUCAUUGCAGGAGUAACGGUGUUGGGUGUGUUAGAGCAAGCUUACUUCUCUCUACAGGUGAUAUACGCCAGACGCAAGUACUCUGUCUCCCCACCCAGCACCUCAGGACCCCCAGAGUUUGAGAGGGUCUUCAGAGCUCAAGCCAACUGCUCUGAAUAUUUCCCGAUCUUCAUCAUCAUCCUAUGGGUGUCUGGACUCUUCUUCAGCCAAGGUCUGUCCGCACUAUGUGGACUCCUAUACCUGUACGGGCGCUACCAGUACUUCAGGGGCUAUGCUAAAUCGGCACAUGGACGACUAGCCCCUCUGUAUUUCAGUGCCAAGGUUCUGUGGGUUCUGAUCGGGUUCUCUACCCUGGGGAUUCUGGGUUUUAUGUGUCGGUUCUACCUGGAUCUGGACCUGAAGCAGCUCGCCAGUUCUGUCCUCGACCUGACUGAGGAGGAGGGGGGGGGAUUAUAAGGGAUGAGCAGGAGGAGAAGAGAUUAAAGGAGAGAUGAUGGGAUACACUAACAACUGUAGACAGGCUACCUUCAUUGCCAAAUCAAGACAACUACGGUAAAUGGAAUGGUUGAUUGAAGUAGGGAAAGGUAUGUUCCAACCGUGAGCUGCAGUUUUGAAAUAAUAGAUGUGUCCGGUCUAGGCCUAUUGCAGGCUAUUUUACGAACUGCUUAUGUGCCAUUUAGAUUGCAGUUACAGUCCCCCUAAACCAAGGCAUGUUUCAGACUGAAAUAUGGAACAAAAACAUUGUUUUGAUGAAAGCAAACAGGGUAGGCCUAUUCAUUAAUUAGUAAAGUUUAAUCUUUUCCAAAAACCUGCACACCAAGUGUAAGCUCAUAUCCUGCCAAAUGUGGGUACCAAAUGGUUAAGAAGGGAAUCAUUUAAGCUUUAAUGCUGUUAACUGUAUGUCUCAACUCAUAUUAUUAAGCUGAUUACUCCCUGUUAAAACGGGAGGAAACAGUGAUAUUGAUUAGAAAGAAGCACCUGUUUGGGUAGCGUAAGUCGCAGCUCAAAUUGUGCGUGCAGUCCUUCAUUUAGCAAACCACCUUGCAACUCCAGUAGGCCUAAGUGUUUUUCAAUUUAGACAGAAUAUAGGCCUAAACAUUUUAUUUAGUUGUUCAGUGUGCUCUCUGACUACUGUGCUAGCUAUCCGGUGUAUUUAGUGUCAUUAAUUUGGCAAAAGAAAAAGGCUUGUGGAAAAAGCAACUCCCUUGCUAUCAUUAUUGCCAAAUAAUAAAAUGUAAAUUAUCCACAUUUGUGAAUUCCAACUCUGUUUAAGCAAGGGAACUUCCAUACCAAAUUAGCAUGCAAUUUUUUAAAACCGAAAAAAAGUGGUUAGACUGUUGUCAUAUGUGUGCUGAUGCAUCCAAACAAUGUUAAAGCCCCAUGCUUAUUUUAUUUUGAAAUCAUUGUAUGUCUAAAUCUGUUUAUUUAUUGAAAAUAACUCAAUAUAUUUAUAAUUUAUAGCCUCCUUUUGCCAUUGAAAUGUUCAGUCUGAUAUUGUGGGUGUGUUGAUAAAAAUGUAAAUAUAUUUACAUACUCAGCCGUGAUUGGUGGCUAGAAUCCUCUAGACCAGGGAUGGGCAACUGGCAGCCCAGCCCUCCCUUUGUAGGCUCGCGGACCAAUGUUCAAAGAAAAGAUUGUUGCGAUCUAAACUUGCAGUAAUCAUGGUUGAAUUACCAAACAUUUCUCUCCACUCUAUUGCAAAAUGUGUAGAAAUGCAGAAAGUUAGCUGUAAAACGGCAAUUUUUUCUCUCUGCCCCAUGGCAAAAUGAGUAGAAUUGCAUGAAAUGAUUUAUAAAAUUGCAAAAUCUUCUCUCCACUCCAUUGCAAAAUGUGUAGAUUUUCAGCAAACUUGCUUUAAAACUGCAAAUUUUGCUUAGGGCCUCCAAAAGGUCUGCUCUGACUGCAUGUGUGGGUAUGCAGACCCACGAGCCAGUACGGCCUCCCAUGAUGAGUUCAGAUUUUUUGUGGCCCUCACCCCCAUCGAAGUUGCCCAUCCCUGGUCUAGACUCUCUAUAGCCUACCCCGUGUACCCCUUCAAAGUAGGAGGAUACAUAUGCAAAUUAAAGAUGACUGGUCAUUGGUCAGAAUAAUAUGAUUCUGAUGUCAUUAUACUUUUUUUUUUUUUUGUGCAUGUUAACUGACCAUUUUAUUUUGGGUAAGUAAAACAUGACCUGUUUU